ACGACUGGAACAACUUAUGGGAGUUUUUCCAGCUGCAAGUGGUAACUUCCUACCUCCAUCGUGGCGGAAGCUCAUGAGUGAUCCUGAUUCUAGUAUAAUUGACUUGUACCCUGAAGAUUUUGCUAUUGAUUUAAAUGGGAAGAAAUAUGCCUGGCAAGGUGUUGCUCUGUUGCCGUUCGUGGAUGAGCGAAGUCUGCGAGCUGCCCUAGAAGAGGUAUACCCAGACCUCACUCCAGAAGAGACUGGAAGAAAUAGUCUUGGAGGCAAUGUCUUAUUUGUGAGGAAACAUCACCCACUGCACGACUUCAUUUUAGAGCUGUAUCAGACAGGUUCCACAGAGCCAGUGGGUGUACCACCUGAACUAUGUCAUGGGAUUCAAGGAAAGUUUUCUUUGGAUGAGGAAGCCAUUCUUCCAGAUCAGUGGGCUGGCAUUGAGUCUGAAGUCUUCUUCUAGAAAGACGUGAUUCCUGCCCCAACUACAAAGGUUUACAAAAACCAACUCUUCUGGAAAACUUGUGGCCAGCUAAUCCCCCUGUGUGUCUCAUUCCUAUCACACUUGAUCAUUGUUUGAAAUGUUUCAUUUAUUAUUUUCCAUGCUCUCAUUCCCACAUGACUCCAUGUUUCCUCAGCCCAGACCCAACCACUUUGUGCCUCACUUCCCUCAAAACGGUUCCCCUGGCCCUGUGAAUUUCCUGCCACAUCUUUACUGAACUCUCCUCCAGCUCCUUGAUUUUCCUCAAAUCUGAUUCUCCUUUGGAGAUGCUACUUCCCCUGCAUCUAUCUUAAGUAGAUAUCUCUUCCAUGUAGACUGUGCGCCUUAGGGUCUAAAAGUGGGUCAGUUCUCUUUUUACUCAUUAACACAAUUUCCUGUCUAUUAUUCCUGCACAGAAAAUCCUGCCAUCCAGCUCCAGCUGUGUCAUCCUUCACCCUUUCUUAUCCUUGGCACUUCCUAAUUACUGAGUGAC